GAAAAAUGGACACCGUUGCCUUCCUCCACAAGGAGAAAGAGGAGAAUUUCCUGUCUCCCUGUAUCUCCAAAGAUGGCGGACACGUGCGGGCAGGUACUGCUUGGAUCAGGGCUCACCGUCCUCUCCCACCCUCUGAUGUACAUUAAAGUUCUGAUCCAGGUAGGACAUGAGCCGCUCGCCCCCACCCUGGGCAGGAACCUGUUCGGCAGGCAAGUCCAUCAACUGCCCGGAUUGUUUGCUUAUGCCAAACACAUCGUUAAGAUCGACGGGAAAGCGGGGCUCUUCAAAGGGCUGGCUCCACGGCUCUGUGCCAGCUCCAUCGGCACAGUUGUGCACAGCAAAGUGGUGCAGAAAUGCCAGGAACAGGGAGGACCUCAGGUGCUGGGCGGCCAGCAGAAGGCUGCGGAGGGCUCCCUGCAGCACGUUGUCAACGAGACAACCAAAGAGAUGAUCGCCCGUUCCUGCGCCACCGUCGUCACACACCCUUUUCAUGUGAUUACUUUGCGAUGCAUGGUCCAGUUUAUUGGAAGGGAAGCAAAAUACAGUGGGGUGUUUGACUCCGUUGUUACAGUUUACAGAGAGGAGGGCAUUUUGGGCUUCUUUGCGGGUUUGAUUCCUCGCCUGCUGGGUGACAUCCUGUCGCUGUGGAUUUGCAACCUGCUGGCCCACGUCAUCAAUACCUACGCCAUCGACGACUCGAUGAGUCACACCGGCGAGAUCAAGAACUGCUCUCAGGCUGUGACGGGGUUCUUCGCUAGUAUGCUCACAUACCCUUUCGUGUUGGUGUCCAACCUCAUGGCCGUCAACAACUGCGGGCUCGCUGGGGGCCUGCCUCCCUAUGCAGCUGUAUAUCCCACCUGGGUGGAUUGCUGGAGGCAUCUAAGCAGAGAGGGCAACAUGAGCCGAGGCAACAGCUUAUUUUUCCGGAAGCUUCCAGCCGGGAAGAUGUAUGCAAUCGACCAGAAGAGAUUUUUUUAAAAACCUCAAAGCGAGCUGCACAUAGUUGGGAUGGUAAAACAGAGAAAAAUCAACAUUGCUUAAGGCUGGGCAGUUGGCACUAAAAUCUGUUUUUGUAUGCACUUGUUUACUAUAAGUUUGUUUUUUCCGAACAGCCUGCCGCCAUCUGAAAUAAUACGAAGGGGUUUCCCGGCAACGGUUCCCCCGUCCCAGAGCAGGUUUUGUUAUAUUAACAGCAACUGAAACAGAGCAGAAAUGUGGAUAUUCUUUUUAAAAGGCAUUAAAAAAAAACUGAGGGGGGGGAAUGGACCUGCUAGCAAACAACUGGUCUGCACAAUGCGAUGACCCAAACGCGUGUGCCCUCGGACCUGUAUUUUUAUAGACACGCUCUGGUCAUAACACGACGGGAUGUAUUUGAAAGCAGCUUCUCUGUCUGCAUGUGCUGGCGUCUAAUGAUUAACGCGGGAACGAUCCAGUGGGACCCUCUUGUCAUGUGGUAUUGUCUUGUUUCUAAUAGCUCAUUUAUGGUGCGUCUGUAAUGUUAAUGAGAGGGGCAGGGUUUCGGUGGCUGUACGGUGGAGUGGGUGGAUUUAUCAGGGGCUGGAAGACGACUGAACUCACUCUGGGCAGUGAAGUGUAAUUGUGAAGUGCUAAUUCUGAUCGACCCAAAUAAAAACAAACUUUUUGACCCUGUUUUUUUCUACGAGUGGAUCUUGUAUGGGCGGAGAAAAUGUUCUAAGGUCCGGAUGCCUUGCUUUGUUUUGGAACUGGGAAAUCCAGAUGUGUUCGACCCCUACGUUCUGCCACUGGAAUGGAUCUUGGUGGAAUUUGGGCUCUAAAGACGACAGACUCGACGAUUCGAAGGCACAAAAAUCUGUGAAAUCGGCCAAGCAGAAGUCCUGGUAUGUGUUUUUAGUCAUAACACAUCUUUCCCAAUCAGGCUGGAAGGAAUAA